AGAAAAAAAGACUAAAAGUCUAGGCAAAAAGUGUAAGAAAAAUGAAAAAGAUGAUUUGACUGGCGUAAAUAUAUUACAGUAUUGUUUUUGUUAUGAUUGGAUAAAAUAGUUUUGUGCGGCGUCACACACAAUCCUCGAAUUGCAUAAACCAUAGCGCAGUAAAACUCAAGUUUUUGUCUUCAUCUGCUCAUCUGUUUCUGCUGAUUGCCGUGAAAAGAAGUGACAAAGAUGGGGUUUUUAAUUCAUUGCGGCUUUUAUGGAUUCCGCGUCGGAGUGAUUUGACGACAGUUGGGUUUUUCUUUUUAUUUUUAUGGAGGAUAGCGUCUUCUUCUUCCUGUGUCUGCGCUCUAUAAAAAAAGGCUUAGGACUUCUGUUGAAUUGAUCAACGUGUGAACUGGUGAUUUGUGUCUUCGUUCCGAGAAUUCCGAUCUGCGGAAGUAUUUGGAGUUGCAGCCUGUUAUUGAGGCAUUAAGUUUUUUUCUGUUCUGUGGUCAACUUGUUAAGGGUUUUAUACUGUUGUUUGGAUCAGAGACAUUUUCUUUAGGGAAAUUUUGGUACAAGGAAUUGGAUAUGAGGGUCGUAACUGAUUGAGAUUAUAGCAAUGAGAGGCACAGAAGGUCUCAUUUGUUGAUGGAUAGGAAAUCCCUUGAUCUUUUAGGGUUGCUGAAAUCGUGGAUCCCUCAGCGGGAUUCUUCUGCUGACGUGUCGAGGGAUUUUUGGAUGCCCGACGAGAGCUGUAGGGUAUGUUAUGAGUGUGAUUCUUUGUUCACAUUGUUUAACCGGAGGCAUCAUUGUCGACUCUGUGGACGUGUUUUCUGUGCCAAGUGCACAUCUAACUCUAUUCCUGUACCACCUCGCGAACCAAGGUUACUACAAGAGGAGUGUGAAAAAGUCAGGGUCUGUCAUUAUUGUUACAAGCAAUGGAAGCAAGGCUUUAAUCUUGCUAUUCAGGUUUCUAACUUGGAUUCCAAUACUUUCCUUUCUGCGGCUAGUUUUAUCAGCGUAAAAUCUAGUGGAACUGGUGACAGUAGUAGCAGUUCCAUUACUUUAGUGCCACAGUCUCCUGUACUUAGUUCAUGCAAAUCAGCAGUAAUGGAAUCUUCUUUGGUCAGACAAAAUAAUGUUGCUACAGCAAAAGGGAGCACUGAUCCUGCUGAUAUAGGGAUCAGGGAUCCAUUGACAAAUCAAUUUUCAUUUUGCACAACUAGGAGUUAUGAUGAAGAUGAUGAGUAUGGUGUUUACCAGUUAGAUUCCCAAGGAAAACAUUAUUCUCAGACUAAUGGAUACUUUAGCUACGAUGACGAUGGUAAGGACUAUGGAUCAAAUAAAGUUCAUCCUAAUGGGGAAGCUACUGAUGAAAAAAGUGUGAGCAGCUUGUCCUCGCAGAAUAAUUUAGAUCCCCAAGCUUCUGAAGAAGUGCAGCAGAUUGUAAAACAGGAUAUUGGUGAUGAAUGUGAAGCUUCAUCAUCCCUAUAUGCUGCGCAAGAUGCUAAUCUGGAACCUGUGGAUUUUGAAAACAGUGGAAUUCUGUGGCUCCCACCUGAACCAGAAGACGAAGAAGAUGAACGGGAUGGAAUGCUGUUUGAUGAUGAUGAUGAUGAUGAUGGAGAUGCUGCAGGAGAAUGGGGAUAUUUACAUGCGUCAAGCAGUUUUGGAAGUGGUGAGUAUAGAGGUAGGGACAGGUCAAAUGAAGAGCAAAAGAACGUAGUCAAGAAUGUUGUUGAUGGCCACUUCAGGGCUUUAGUGUCUCAGCUUAUGCAGGUUGAAAAACUUGUCAUUGGUGAGGAAGAAGACAAAGAGAGUUGGUUGGAGAUAGUUACAUCCCUAUCGUGGGAAGCUGCAACACUUUUGAAACCAGACACUAGCAAAGGUGGGGGAAUGGACCCUGGGGGAUAUGUAAAGGUGAAGUGUAUUGCAUCUGGACAUCGUAGUGACAGUGCUGUGGUGAAAGGAGUUGUCUGCAAGAAAAAUGUAGCUCAUCGGCGAAUGACAUCAAAAGUUGAGAAAGCCCGCAUAGUAAUCCUUGAAGGUGCUCUCGAGUACCAGCGCGUCUCUAACCACUUAUCAAGUUUCGCUACAUUGUUGCAGCAGGAAAUGGAUCAUCUGAAGAUGGCUGUUGCCAGAAUUGAUGCACACAAUCCGGAUGUCCUUCUGGUGGAAAAAUCUGUUUCUCGCUAUGCACAGGAGUACCUCUUGGAAAAAGAUAUAUCACUUGUCUUAAACAUCAAAAAACCAGUCUUGGAGCGUAUAGCUCGCUGCACUGGUGGUCAAAUAGUUCAUUCAGUAGAUCAUCUCUCAUCUCAAAAGAUGGGAUACUGUGACAUGUUUCAUGUUGAGAAGUUUCUGGAAGAACAUGAUACAGCUGGAGAGAUUGGAAAGAAGCUGGUAAAAACACUGAUGUACUUUGAAGGCUGUCCAAAGCCACUGGGGUGCACCAUAUUACUCCGUGGUGCAAAUAGGGAUGAAUUGAAGAAAGUGAAGCGCGUGGUUCAAUAUUCUAUUUUCGCGGCUUAUCAUUUGGCUUUAGAAACAUCCUUUCUUGCUGAUGAAGGAGCUUCUCUUCCUGAACUUCCUUUGGAUUCUCCGAUAACUGUGGCACUUCCAGAUAAGCCAUCAACAAUUGACAGAUCCAUCUCAACUAUACCUGGUUUUAUGAUUCCUGCCGAUGAAAGAACUCUAGGGCCGCUAUCUGGCAGUGAGCCACAAAGGUCAAUGAGUGCUCCACCAACUGACUUGGUCAAGGCUGUCAGCAAAUGUGCACAGAAAAUGGGUGUGUUAGAGUCUCCUGGAUUGUGUGCUACUAAAGACAACUUGUCUUCCUUCUGCAAGCCCUCUCUUGAUCAUGAAUCUGAGACAGGUAUCAUGGAUAUGAUGAAGUGCUCUGAGGUAAAAGCAUCAGUAGCCAACGAUGUCCAAGAUGCCCAUGGAAACAAGUUCCUUUCUACUAGUUUUGGUCCUUCACAGGAGGUUGAUCAAGACAUGUUGUCACAGAGUGUUCAAAAUGAUUGCAAUACUAUGGAUGUGAACCAAGGUGGGGAAGACGCCCCUGAUGAAUUGACUUCUUUGAAGAAAGAGUUCUCUCCAUCUCCAUCCGACAAUCAAAGCAUUUUGGUUUCCUUGUCGUCUCGAUGUGUUUGGAAGGGAACUGUCUGUGAUAAGUCUCGUCUCUUUCGGAUUAAAUACUAUGGUAACGUAGAUAAGCCAUUGGGUCGUUUUCUACGAGACCAAUUGUUUGAUCAAAGUUACAGGUGUCAUUCAUGUGAGAUGCCUUCAGAAGCUCAUGUUCAGUGUUAUACACACCGACAGGGUACUCUAACUAUUUCUGUUAAGAAGCUGCUGGAAGUUCUUUUGCCAGGUGAAAAAGAAGGAAAAAUAUGGAUGUGGCGCAGAUGCCUUAAAUGUCCACGCGAUAAUAAGGGCUUUCCUCCAGCAACUCGGAGAGUAGUAAUGUCUGAUGCUGCUUGGGGCUUGUCCUUAGGGAAGUUUCUAGAACUUAGCUUUUCAAACCAUGCAGCUGCAAGUAGGGUGGCAAACUGUGGUCAUUCAUUACAUAGAGAUUGUCUUCGAUUUUACGGCUUCGGUAAGAUGGUUGCUUGCUUUCGCUAUGCAUCCAUUGAUGUUCACUCAGUAUACCUUCCUCCCUCAAAACUGGAUUUCAACUAUGAGAAUCAGGAAUGGAUACAACAUGAAGUGAAUGAGGUCAUUUUCCGAGCUGAACUUUUGUUCGCUGAGGUUCUUAAUGCAAUUCGGCUUUUGGUAGAGAAGAGAUCUGGGAGACAACUUUACAGCAGCAUUAAUGUACCUGAAGCAAGACGUCAGAUUUCUGAUUUGGAAGGGAUGUUGCAGAAGGAGAAACAAGAAUUUGAGCAGGAAUCUCUCCAGAGAAUUCUGAUGGAGGAAGUUAAAAAGGGGCAGUCUGUUGAUAUUUUGGAGAUCAAUCGAUUGAGAAGACAGCUCCUUUUUCAAUCUUAUGUUUGGGACCACCGUCUAGUAUAUGCAGCCAGUAUGGAUGACAAGAGUCAUUGGUUUAGUGGAGAUGUCACCUCUUUGGAACCUGAGAAACCGUUGGUUUGUGAUGAUAAGUCCACUGACCUGGAUAAUUGUGCUGAUCCCAGCAACUGUCCUAAUAGCUCUGAAUCUGUUCCUGCAAUUUUAAAGGCUGGUGAAAAUGGGGAUGAAGGAAGAAGUGUUGGCCAAAACAGUCACAUGGAUGCUGUUCAUCAAGAAUCUGCAGUUGAUUUUGAUGCUGAUUGUGCAAUCGAAAAACCACCUGGUCUUCCUGUUGCAACAAAAAGUUUCUGCGGAUCACAUCCCGAAGAAUCCAUAUUACAGCGGCGAAGAGCACUAUCCGCUGGGCAGUUCCCAAACAUGGAGAGUUUGUCAGAUACUCUAGAGGCAGCUUGGACUGGUGAAACAACUUCCGGUGUUGUAGUGAUAGAGGGUGAUACCUGUAAAUCUUCUGAACCACUUCUGGUGAAUACACUUACAACUGGAAUGGCUGAAAAAGUGUAUACUGAAGACCAUGGGACUAUGCUGUCUCAAUCUCCUUCUCUUUUAGCCUCUAAAGGCUCUGAAAAUAUGGAAGACGCUGGGAGCUGGUUAGGUGUUUCUUUUAUUAGCUUCUACAGGACGCUGAACAAAAACUUUUUACCAAGUGCUCAGAAACUGGAUCCACUUGGGGGAUAUAAUCCAGUAUACAUUUCAUCAUUUCGGGAGUCAGAUGCCCAAAGUGGAGCAAGAUUGCUCCUACCUGUUGGGGUUAAUGAUACUGUUAUACCAGUGUAUGAUGAUGAGCCCACGAGUAUUAUAUCUUAUGCUCUAGCCUCUCAUGAUUAUCAUGCUCAACUAUCCAGUGAGCUCGAGAAAUCUAAGGAUGCUUCUUUGGACUCUAACUUUUCGUUCCACUCACUGGAUUCCAGUAAUCUGCACUCCCCUCAAUUAGCUGAUGAAAUGGUUUUAGAAUCCUACAGAAGUCUUGGAUCUAUGGAUGAGAGUCUCUUGUCCUUGCCCAUUUCUCGCAGCUCUUUUGAUUUGGAUCCACUCUCAUACACAAAGACACUGCAUGCCAGAGUUUCUUUUGGAGAUGAUGGAUCGCUGGGGAAAGUGAAAUACUCAGUGACUUGUUAUUAUGCAAAGCGCUUUGAAGCCUUGAGGCGGAUAUGUUGUCCUUCAGAGAUGGAUUUCAUAAGAUCUCUUAGCCGCUGUAAGAAGUGGGGGGCCCAAGGAGGCAAGAGCAACGUUUUCUUUGCUAAAACCUUGGAUGAUCGAUUCAUUAUCAAGCAAGUGACAAAGACAGAGCUGGAAUCCUUUAUGAAAUUUGCUCCUGAAUAUUUCAAAUAUCUUUCUGAAUCAAUAAUCACAGGGAGUCCAACUUGUUUGGCAAAAAUUCUGGGGAUCUAUCAGGUGUCAACAAAGCAGCUUAAAGGAGGAAAGGAAUCUAAAAUGGAUGUGUUAGUUAUGGAAAACCUUCUCUUUGGGAGGAAACUGGCAAGGCUUUAUGAUCUGAAAGGUUCUGCAAGGUCUCGUUACAAUCCUGAUUCCAGUGGAAGCAACAAAGUCUUGCUGGAUCAGAACUUGAUUGAAUCAAUGCCAACUUCACCUAUUUUUGUUGGAAACAAAGCAAAAAGACUUUUGGAGCGAGCUGUAUGGAAUGAUACUGCUUUUCUUGCUGCAGUUGAUGUGAUGGAUUACUCACUGUUGGUUGGGGUUGAUGAAGAGAAGAAUGAGCUUGUUGUUGGGAUUAUUGACUUCAUGAGACAGUAUACGUGGGAUAAGCACUUGGAGACUUGGGUCAAGGCCUCUGGGAUCCUUGGUGGACCCAAAAAUGCGUCGCCGACUAUAAUCUCACCUAAGCAGUACAAAAAGAGGUUCCGAAAGGCCAUGACGACCUACUUCCUGAUGGUCCCUGAUCAGUGGUCACCAACAUCUGUUGUUCCCAGUAAAUCGCUGACUAAUUUAUGCGACGAGAACAUGCAAGGUGGAUGAUCUGCCGCGUGAUUUUGUUAAUGCUGUUUGUCAGUAUAUUGAGCACACAAGUGGGUUUAUACAUCUCUCGUAUUUUCGAUUCCCAUUCUUUUGGAACGCAGUUCCAGUUGCGUUCUCACUUGAUUUCUUGUCAGAAAACUGUGAGGCUUGUAUUUCGUUGAAAGUCUCUGCUGCUUAGAAUUCAGGUGUCCCUCCGUGGAUAUAAUGUUGUACAUUUCUUUUGUUUCAUUAAUUUAUUUUUCCUUCCUUUUGUUGGGUAGAAUUCAAUUACAUAUGAGUUCCAAAGGAUCAAUGCCAAUUUUAUAGAAUGCAUGAUUUUGGAACAGGUGUUUUAUUUUUUGUAAUUGUAAUAUUUUAUCUUAGGAUUUCUUCCCGUUGGGUUGAUCUCCAUGUUCACAGAGCUAAUGGAAUUAAGUUUUCAGAGUGUGGA